UAUUGUUAUGUUACCUGCUCUCCUUCCCCCUUGCUUGAUUCUUCCACGACCACAAGAAGAAGAACAAGUGAAGCAAGCAACAAGCAACAAGCAAGACUGGCACGAAUACAAACAACGAAGCAGCACGGCGAAGCAACAGCCAAGAUGGACUUGUUUCGCAGGUUCAAGAAGGAUCGCAAGUUCAAGAGGGCUGGCGAAGGCCAUCGCCUGGGCGUGGAAGGGGCGUCUCAAGGGCAGCCAGCGUCCGCAUCCUCGUCUUCAUCCUCAGCGUCAACGGCGAGGAAUGCAUCGGCGUCAGGCAGACAGCAGCCUCGCGAGAUGAGCCAGGCGGCGCGGGCUGCGCAGGAGCGGAUGCAGCGCGCCCAGCAGACGGGGAGGCCUAACACAUCCAGCGCCAUCAAGAGCGAGGCCCGUCGCCAGGUGCAGGCAGAGGCCGCCAGCAGCGGCACUCAACCGUCGACGGCCACGCCUUCACGCGACCAGCCUGCGGGCCAAUGGAAGCAGGAAGCAGACCGCCUUCAGGUGCAAGUGGUGUGUCCCAUCACAGGCAACCUCGUUCGCGAACGCGACAAGACAGACCAUCUCCGACGAGAGCUAACACAGCGCCUGACGGAGAUGCCGGUGCCGAUGGCGGCGAAGAUGGUGUGGACACUCAACUCCCGGGAGAAGCGAGAACUCGCCGUCAAGACGAUAUGCGCGUACAUCAACAAUGUGCUGCAGCACCCGGACGAGCCCAAGUACCGGCGCAUCAACAAGGAGAACAAGGCCUUUCAGGCACGCAUCCUGGGGGCUGAGGGGGCGCUGGAGUUUCUCAAGGCCGUUGGCUUUGAGGAAGAGAACGGCGAAGAGGAUGGCAAGACGUUCCUUGCGCUGCCAGAAGGAGUGUCCACGGACGAACUGACGACAGCAAAAGAUGUCAUCUCCAGCGACCAAACCAUCAUCUGCCGCCUCCACCGCGACGUCAGGGUGCUGAAGCCGCCGCGUGGUGCGGCCAUCGCCGCCGCCAUGCGUGUGGAUCUCCCGUCCGAUUUCUACAAACUCACCGUCGACGACCUCAGGUUCACAACGAAGAGUCUCGGCAUCGAUUCUCACUUUAAAGGUGUCAUUUGA